AUGGGCAGGCAAAGACAAACAGGGAUGGAUGGUGAAGAUAGAGGCCUGCAUGCAGGGCGAGGUCACCUGAAAAGCAAUGAGGAGUCCAUUAGCGUUGCUGAAAGCCCUCUAAUCUGAUGGCAUCAGUGCUUGAGGGCAGAGAAAGAAAGCACAAACAAAGUUAUCAGGACACCAUAGCCCAAAAAAAAGCACCCAGGCACCCCUGCAGAUAUGACUAUAUAAGGGGGCUCCUGAUGCACCUGGAAGCUGAGAGGCGAACCAUGGAAGACAAGGCUACAGAAAAUGGAGUGGCAGCCAUGGCCGCCUGCUACCAGCGCUUUGACCCGUCGGCGUACCUGCAGUACAACUACACUCCACCGCGGGCUGACUUUGACCGGAAGGACAGCAUUGUGCCCUGGAAACUGGCGUGCUUGCAUAGAGCCUUCACGGAAGGUGACGUGAGCGGCAAGCUGCUGGUGGACAUCGGAUCGGGUCCCACCCUGUACCAGGUCCUGAGUGGCUGCGAGGUCUUCAACGAGGUGGUCCUCACAGACUUCCUGGAGGUCAACCGCAAGGAGUUGAGGCGCUGGCUGCAGGGCGAGGAAGCCUGCAGCCUGGACUGGACGCCAUACCUGCAGCACGUCUGCAAGCUGGAGGGGCGACGGCCCUCGGCAUGGACAGAGAAAGCCGCCAAGCUCCGCCGGGCGAUCACCGACAUCCUCCCGGUGGACGUGCACCGUCCUCAGCCCCUGGAUCCUCGAGUCCUGCCCCCCGCGGGGGCCGACUGCCUGGUGUCCUGCUUCUGCCUGGAGAGCGUGAGCCCAGACCUGGCCGCCUUCACCAAGGCCCUGGGCCACAUUCAGAACCUGCUCCGGCCCGGCGGCCACCUCCUGCUCAUCGGCGCCUUGGGAGAGAGCUUCUAUUUUGGGGGGCCCGGGGUAAAGAUACCCGUGGUCCCGCUGGAUGAGGCGGAGGUGUGCGCCAGUCUUAAGGAGAGCGGCUACACCCUGAUCAGACUGGAGGUGUACACCCUGCCCCAGGACAUGAGAGUGGGGGUGGAUGACGUCACCGGGGUGUUUUUUGCCAAGGCCAGGAAGGACUAAACAGUGUACUCUAGUGUAAAAGUGAUGGACAAGACGCCAGCUGGUGUUGGAAUGUGAUCACACAGUGCUCCCUGCAGUCCAAACGACGUCAUUACAGCAGAUGAGUCUUUUAAAAAAGUAUUUAUUCCAGAUUACAUGAAAUAUGUAAGUAAAUAUUAUUCAAAAAAUAUGAAUAACAUCAUAGUACAUUUUAAUGUGUUUAAAAAUGUUAUGAAAAAAGAUCAUAUAUUCUGCAACAUAUAUUCUUCCUGACCUUUUUUCACCAAAGUAAAGUAUACAGACAAUAUGGGGGAAAAAAGAAAUUGCUAACUUUAUUAAGAAUAAAAAUUGGUGCAGAAAAAAUAAUUAUAAACUGGAAGUGUCCUCUUUUAGAAUUAUAACAAAGAUGCGUUAUUUGAUACAAAUGACUCUAUAAACUUUAUUUUGUACUCUCCAUUACUAAAUCCGCUGUGGGUCAAAUAUGUAUUAAUGUACGUACUGUAUAUGUAUAUAUAAUGCAUUUAAUAACACCAUUUAAGAGCGUAGCAUAAUAAAGUGUUUAAAACGUAGUGGUGGGUCGUCGGGGCCAGCAAGGCCUUCUCUCCUGGCCUAAAAUAACCAGAAAUCAUGAUCAUAAUUAAAGCUAAAAUUAUUUUUUAUUUGUACUUUCCCUAAAUAUCUAAAAGUAUUCAUAUUCUCUUCAUGUUGUAUUAAGCUCCUUCCAGUGCUGUUGUUUUUAGGUUAGAGUUUGUAUCCAAUCAGAAUUCAGCAAGUUUAUGUUGCCAUGCUGUACCAAAUCUGCCCGGGGUCUUCAGAAUCAACAGUGCAGGCAUCUAUGCACUGUAAGUGAACGGGCACAUACAGUUGAUAGACAGUUGCGAUAGCCAAUCAGAUCACGAGUUGUUGUCAGUAAGGCCUUCUAGCUGGCCUCACGUUGAACGUGACAUUUACGCGUCCUCUGAUUGGAUACUCAUCGGGACCGUUAGCGGAGGAAUUUGAGAACACAUAGAGUUGAGAGACAGUUGCGAUAGCCAAUCAUAUCACAAGUUGUUGACAGUAGCCUAUCUAGGUAGCCUGAUUUUAACGAGACUGCAAUUGGAUACACACUUGUCAUUCCAAAGUGAGUAUCUAAUCACAAGUU